CCACUUUCAAAGCUUGAUUAGCCACACACAGAGAAAUCAUAUAGUUAUAUAUAAGUAUAACUAUCUAUUUUUCUUUCUUUUUGCUGAUCAGGAUUCAAACCCUAGAUCAGUUUUCUAGCUACUUUUUAAAUUUUUUUCAUAGACUAAUAAUAAUGGGAAACAGCUUAAGGUGCUGUUUGGCUUGUGUUCUUCCAUGUGGGGCUCUAGACUUGAUCCGAAUUGUUCAUUUGAAUGGCUAUGUAGAAGAGAUUACACGUUCAAUCACUGCAGGAGAGGUUCUCGAAGCCAACCCUAAUCAUAUUCUAAGCAAACCUAGCUCUCAGGGUGUUGUUCGCCGGAUUUUGAUCCUCUCGCCGGAGACUGAGCUCAAGAGGGGUAGCAUAUACUUCUUGAUCCCGGAAUCUUCGUUGCCGGAGAAGAAACGACAUGCCGGGAAGGGAAGCAUCAAUGAUAGUGAUCUUAACAAGAAAUCAUCAUCAUCAAAGAAAAGCAACAAGCGUAGUGAUGAUGAUUACUCAUCACCACAAUGCCAAGGAUACCUCAAAGUCGCUCACAUAGUAACUAAAGAGAAGAAAUUUUCAUGCCGGGAUCGCCGGAAAGGCCGCGUCGGAAUAUGGCGGCCUCAUUUAGAGAGUAUAUCGGAAGACUAAUUGUUUCCAUCGCCGAUGAUGGUUAGUGUUGAAAUUUGGCAUGGUGGGGUGGAGAGGCUGAACCAUAAAAAAAUGGUUCAUUGUUGAAAAAUAGCAAAACACUUUUUUUUUUUUUUAUAAAUGUAAGUGGGAUUUGAUUUUGUGGAUAAAAAUUGUUUACUUUGCUUUCCUAUAUUUGUUUUUCCAAUUUAAUUUUUUUCUCCUGCCAAUUGCCAUUGUUUGAUCCGUUGCACCAACGAGGGGAAGAAAAAGGAAAGAAAAAUUACUGAGAGUGAAAAUUCAAGUUUGUACCAAGCGAUUCCCAACCUCAAGUUGCAUGCAAAUAUCUUCCUUUUCC